AUGCAGAUCAGGUUCAGUUCUAAACAUGCGUCAUGGCACUUGCUUGUCAUAUUGAGGCACUGCAACAGCCCUGACAAAGACGUUCGGGCACCCUUAGUGGCUGGACUUCAGGAGAUGGUGGAGUCAGACCAGAGACUUGAGGGUUCCAAGGAGGCCGUGAUUGCCAUCGGCCGCUUAGCCCAGGGCAUGGCUGGACGAAAGGCCAAAGCUGGCAACAAAGCAGAGGAUGCCUCAGACAACAGCCAGUCGCACCGCGGGCUACACUUCGAGCUUUUGCAGGUCUUGCUGCGCUUGCCCAUCGGUCGCGCGGAUGCCGCUGAGUUGGCUGGACCAGGAGGGGACAUGUCUAAUGCGGAUGACGACGUCAAGAAGGGCCUGGCCGAGGCCUCCAUUACGCUGAGCGCCGAGCAGCUGCGGAAGCGAGAAGGUGAGCUGCUCUACGAGGUUUUCGUGGUCUACCUCCGCAUCCUGCGACAGCGACACUUGCACAGCCGUGAGUUGAUGGGCACUGUGCUCACCGGCUUGGCACGGUGGGGACAACAGGUGAAUCUCGAGCUUCUGCUGGAAAUCCUUUCUGAGCUACGGCUGGCAGUCAAGGAUGCCAUUGCGAGAGGCGAUGAGCUGGUGGCCUUACAUGGCCUCAACUGUGCUUUGGUGCUGCUGAGCGGGCCAUCGCAGGCUUUGCUCACAGACGUGAGCUGGCUCUCGGAUUCAAUGACGAGCCUGGCCCGGGCCACAUCGCUGGGCACCUCGCGGAGCCUCUCCGCACCACGAGGCGCCACCCGACGGACUGCGUCCAUCGGAGCACAGCGCGCACAGCGCGCCAGGCGCGACUGGGACGCCGCACCAGUAGAGCCCAACGAGGACGAUCGUUGCUUUGCCUACUACCUUGCCAACAGCUUGGACAUACAGGCGUUGACUGACAACUGGAAGGUAAUUCGCUUCCACAGCGAUGUGGCGUUGCUCAAGGUUGAUGAGAAAGACUGCUUUGUCUUCUCUUUCGGCUGCUUGGUCUGCUGGGGAUGCACGCCUCAGGAGGUCAAUUCUGCCAGGGAGUCCGUCCGGAACUUCCUGAAGGAACCACUGGCGCCUGCGCAAGUGGAAACUGACAAUCUGGACAUCGCAGGGGGCGAUGCGCUGCCUGUUUGCCACAAGGUCCAGGAGCGCAUUGGCAUCGCAUAUUCCUUGGCACAAUCUGUCCGCCUCAGCUACUGGGAGCAGCGGAUUGACCAAUGGAUCGCUGCCACGCGCACCAUUCCGGAAGACAUGGCGCGAACAGGGCGGGUGUUACUAAGCAGCGAACGUGUUGCCAUGAUGAUGGGGGAGCUCUUUGCCUUGAAGAACAAGGUGAAUCUUGAGUUCGACACACUCGACACCCCGGAUGUCUUCUGGGAGUUUGAAGACGCGGAGCCCAUCUACGUCUAUGCAAGGCAGCACCUGGAUGUGGACAGAAGGAUCCACAUCGUAAACCAGCGCUUCGAGGUGCUUGAGGACAUGUUCGACGUGCUUCAAGACAAGUUGGAUGAACGGCAGGGGACCAGGCUCACGUGGAUCAUCAUCUGGCUGUGUGCUCUGGAGACUAUUUUUUCGGCGCUCAAGAUCAUUUGGACAGCAGGGCUUCUUCCGGCAGUGCAAAACGCAGUGCCGGCCUGA